AUGUCGACGCCUGGCAAACCUCGCUUUUCAGCAAUACCCACUCCCGGGAGGACGCCUGGUAUCCCUGCGCCUGGCAGACUCAGAUCGACUUCUGGGGCCUCACAAAAUGUUCCACCUUCUGCAGAUGACUUUGCAUCUCGCGCAUUCGUCGAUGCCAUGAAGGCCCAUGACCCGACCCAGCAGCGAUCUGCUCGUACGAGUGAUGUCUCUGUUGCGUCGUUGUCCCCUCAAUCGGCUGUACCUGGCAUAGAGUCGGGUCGGAGGUCUGUAAAUAGCAGGCCUGCCUCAGUUGCCUCCUCUUCCUCCGCCACCGGUACUGCUGCUCCUCAGGUGCAGCGUCCCAGGACACCCUCGGCGUCUUCCCGCCCCCGAAGUCGCCAGUCUGAUCUCCCCUCCCACUCCAACAAUGCGAGCCGAGCGAACAAGAGUUUCACCGUAGGAGAUAACGUGCGUAUUGAGUCCCUUGGGUACGAAGGCACCUUGAAGUAUCUGGGGGAGAUUGAUGGGAAACCUGGUACAUGGGCUGGGGUGGAGCUAAGUGGUGGGUUCGCAGGUAAAGGGAAGAAUGACGGGACUGUGAACGGGAAGCGAUACUUCUCUUGCCCUCCGCAGUGCGGCGUCUUUGUUGCAGCGACCAAACUCUCUCUGCCGACAGUUGGCCCAGGCGCGGUAUCACGACCAUCGUCUGUUGCUUCUGUCCGUAAUGGUAGAAUUACUCCUUCAGUUACAGGACGGAUUACUCCGUCUUUUGGGAGCUCGGUAUCUGGUCGAGUAACCCCCUCUGCGUCCACGGGACGCAUAACUCCGUCGAAUAGCGGCAGAGUGACACCCUCAUCUUCAUUUGGACAAAGGACGCCAGGGUUACCUAAGCCGCGGACUAUAGCACGAGCUGGCGCGACCCCUGCCGCCAUGCCCACGAAAUCUGGUAUAGCCAGGGAGAAUGAAAAGAGCCUGCUGGCCGAAAACAAGAUUACCCCUGGGUCUCGGGCUUCGAAGUACCUUGGGAUGACAGCAGAACACCUUAACACUCGUAGUCCGCCUUCCACGAGUCCUACCCGAACGUCGAUGGGUUCUUUCGGUCUGCAGCGGGGUCCAGGACCACCCUCUCCCACACGUCGAUCUGCAGGAAAUCUCGGCUCUCCGCCCGUAGCCAAUCUUGGUUCUCCCUCCCGCACUUCAUCAUCUCCAUUCGCGACACCCAAGGCGAAAGGAAGACUUUCCAACCCAGGGCCCGGUAUACCAACAUCACCAUCCAAAGGGCGGACUUCACUUAGUACCCCUCGGGCUCGGGUUCCCAGCAACAUAGCAAUGCCGCCCCCUGCCUCUCCUUCUCGAAGAUCUGGCUCCAGUCGUUCCGUCUCCUUGAACGAUGAGCUCCCGGCAAAUCUUGACGAGGAGCAUUUCACUGAUCCAGGGCUGCGGCCUAUUUCCAGUCUCGAAAUGAACGGCAAGCUGCUGCAGGAUAAAAUUGCUAAUCUACUAUCUGGGCGAAGUACGCCUCAGCUUUCGACUAGCACACGACCAGAUUCAUCAGCCUCGGGCGGUGCGAGUUAUGCUGCCGACCAGCUUGCGACUAUCGAGCGCCUGCAAUCACGGCUCGAUGCACUAGAGCAUGAGAACAAAACCCUCAUAGCAGCUACUGAAAGACAAUCAUCGGAGCGAAUCACUGCAUUGCAAGCUGAAAGCGCGAAGGCUACGGCAAGGAUAUCUGCUCUCGAAAGCCAAGUGAAGGCAUCGGAACGGACCUUGACUGAGCGAGACUCGAAGAUCGAUGCUCUGGAGCGUAACGUAAAGCAAGUCAAUACUGCUCUUGAAAAAGCUCGCAGCGAUGCAGAAAACAAGAUCAAGGACUUGCAGUCGAAUCUGGAAGACAAGGAAAGUCUGAUCAGCGAACUGAAGGACGCUAUCACCGCCAAAGAGGGCGCACAAGAUGAGAAGGACGCUGUACUCAAAGCCAAAGACACGGAGAUAGCCUUACUGGAGAACCGUAUCCAGAAGCUUUCCACGGAUCUAGAGAACGAGCGAAAGGAACUAGGCGCACAAGUCGAGGAACUCCGGCAGGCUGGUCAGGAAACGAUCGCACUAUACGAGGAGAGACUAAGUGCGGCCGAUUUCAAACGAUAUGAGCUUGAAGAUCUGGUCGCAUCUUUGCAAGAGCAGCUAAAGGCCCACGCACAUGGCUCUUCGGCUGACCCUACCAGUCCUCAUGCCUCCACCGCGGCGCAGAUCGACAAUGAAGCCUUGCGCGAUCAGGUGCAAUACCUUCAGCAGAAAGUCGCCAGCCUAGAAGACCUGCUUGAGGAUGCCCGCGCGAUGACUGAAAAAGAGGAUGUUGUUGUUCGCGAAAAGAUCCAGCGAUAUAAGGAGAAGGAAGAUGCAAUGAGAAAGCAGCUUGAAGAGAGCCGAGUCGAGCUUGAGAAAGUGACCCAGGCUGAGUCCUCUGCAAGAACACGUAUACAGGAGAUCGAGGAAGCCUUCCGUGAGAGCACAGUUGCGCUGGAGAAUGCCCAAGCUGAGAUUGAGAUUCUCCGGACUGAAGUUUCUAACCUUGAAGGCUUGACGGCGUCUAUGAAGGCCGGUGAGUCUGGCGAGAAGCUUGCGGAUAUUGCGGAACGGACUGCUCGUGAUCGCGCGCGCAUGAACGAGGAGAUAACAAGACUCAAAGCGGAGCUGGAUGAAGCUCGCAGGGCGCAGCGGGAAAUGGACGGUGAAUUCGGAUCCCCUAGCACUGUCGGGUCAUUGAGUGACAUGCAAGCGACUAUCAAACAACUUGAAUCUGAGAAACGCGAGAUGGAAGACAUCCUGAGGUCUUCCAGAGAACUCCUUGCAGCGGAACAGAAGUCAGCAGCGGAUAUGCGGCAGGCUCUUGAAGACCAGGAGGGAGAGCUGGAAGCUCUGAAGAAGCGGCUAAACCGCGACGUUAGCGUCAAUAAUGGUCUCCAGGACCCUGCCAAAUCAAAGCAUGAGAUAGCCACGGCGCGGGACGAAAUCACAGGCCUCAAGCAUAUCGUGCAAGAACUCCAGAAGGAGAAUCUGGUCACCAAUCAGCGGAAUAAAGCGCUCGCCGCUGAAAACGAGCUGCUGUCUUCCGAGAUUGAGAAACUUCGAGCGACACUUCUGAGAGAAGAGCAAGCUCUGGAUGGUGAGAUCGCAGGCAGCGACGAGACCUCGGCCCAGAAGGUCCGUCAGGAGCUCAAGAUGAAGUACGAGAUGGAGCUUGAGCAAUUGCGUAAACGGCAUGCUGAAGCUGAGAUGAAGAGCGCCCGGACGAUCCACGACUUGAACAAGGAAGUGAGUGAAUUGGAGACGUUAGUCGAAUCGAAGGAUGAACUCGAGCGCGAAGUGGAGCGGCUGAGAGAGAAGGUAUCUCGAAGCAGCAAAAAGUCGUCAAAAGGCAGCUCCGACGGGGGCGAUGCUCGAGUCAGAUUCCCCCCUGGUCGUAGCAGCACGGGAAGCACCAGUAGCAAUGCUCUGCAACUGGACAAGGGCGAGCCCGUGUGCGAAAUCUGCGAACGGCCGGGGCACGACAUCUUUAGCUGCGAUCUACUGUCGGACGACGCAGCGAGCAUCCGGUCGAGCAAGAGCGGAAUGGCAGGCAAUACGACCGGCUUGUACUGCGAGGACUGCGAGAGCCACGGGCACACUGCUGCCGAUUGCCCACAUUCUUUGGAUGAGUUGCACCAGGCAACCGUGACACGAUACUUUGUAUACCCCUUUCAAUGGCAGAAUGUACGACACAGGAGUGCUGCGCGCACUUGGAAGCGGUGGAGUCUGAGAAGCCGCCACCGACGGCCAGAUUGGGCGAGAUUGACGCGUCGCAGAUGUGACGUCGGCCAGGUGACGUCACUGGUCAGGCCUACUUAUACCGCGUCCGUCGCGCGACUGGCUGCCGUCUCCUCCACAAAUAUUCCAGUCGACAUGUCCUACGCCUCCGUCGCUGCCCACAACCUCCCCCCCAACGAGCCACACCCCGACCCCGCUCUCCUCAACACUGAACCCCCGACAGCCGGCGUCGCAGACGACACCUUGAAGGUCAAUGUCGUCCCAUCCGACUUUAGGGCGCAUCCCGCUACCGUGACCUCUGAGAAGACCGUGUACACGGAGCCGGAACUGCCAGAGGCACCCGGUGCACCUUCAAAGAAGGACAAGGCCAAGAAGCGCCUCCACCAGGCAGAAGACGAGGGUCUUCACCUAUGGGAGGUGACGAAGCAGACAGUUCUGCAACCCGGCGUGGCUGGUGGUCUGAUCGGGAUCGCAAACGUCGGCUUGAUCUCUGCGGUCGGCUAUCUGUACUAUACCAGACCCGGUCUGCGUCGUGACACCAAGGUCAUCACCUCCACCGUCGCAGGUGCUCUGGCGCUCCUAGGUCUAGAGGGCUACGGCGCGCAAGCGUACCGCAAGACACCGAAGGGACAGGAGGAAGAGCGAAGGGCUAGGGAGGAAGGUGCUGUCGUUUACCGCUAUCUGAAGGAACACAUCCUGCGCCCGGGUGUCCUGGGCGGGCUAGUCGGUCUAUUGAACGUGGGGAUCCUUGGCACAGUCGGUUACUUUGGUUACACCAACUGGGAUAGGCCUCAGUGGGAUAGACGCAUCGUCUCCAGCGUCUCAGUUGGCCUGCUUGCUCUCUGGGGCGGUGAAGGACAAGCAGGCGAUUCUGACUCCGACUCCGAGUCCUCCUCUGAGGAGGAGCUCAUGUCCAGCGGCGACGAGGAUGCUGCCCCCAAGCCUACCGCGACCGGCUCGAAGCCCGCCAUGUCCCGAUUCCUGCGCACAGCUGGCUCAGAUUCCAGUGAUGCCGAUUCAGACGAGUCAGACGAAGAUGAAGAGGAAAUGUCGGAUGAAGAGGAGGGUCAGGCUCAGAGGAGGUCCAGGUUCCUGAGGACGGAGAGCGACAGUGAGGAGGAAGAUGAGGACGAUGUCAGGCGUGUCGUGAAGAGCGCCAAAGACAAGCGAUAUGAGGAGAUGGAGGCGACUGGAAAAAUCAUGGAUAAUGCGCUCAAGAUCAACGAUUGGGUCGCCAUCUCUAGUGAAUUCGACAAGCUCGCGCGUAUGGUCCAGCGAUCGCAAAACGUCUCAGAACCCGUCCCUCCAUUCUUCAUCCGGACUCUUAUCAACCUCGAAUCCUCUCUCAACACGGCUUUGUCCAAGGAGAAGGAAUCAAAGAAAAAAAUGAACGCCAGCAAUGCGCGUGCCCUGACCGCGAUGAAGCAAAAAGUGAAAAAGACGGUGAAGGAGUAUGAGAAGGAAGUCAAAGACUAUCAGGCUGAUCCGGAGGCUUUCGAAAGGGCAUACCAUGCCGCAAACGCUCCUGCAGCCGCUGCACCUAAGCCAGAAAGGAGGAGAGCUGCAGCCGGGGAUGCGGAGGGCGAAGAACAACCAGACGAAGACUUCACUACGGUGGGCAGGGGCGGUCGGGCGAUGCAGUUCACCACGGAGGGUAUCUUCAAGAAUCUACAAAUGGUUCAGGAAGCGCGUGGUAAGAAGAACACUGACAGGCAAGAACAAAUCCGAAUCCUGGAAAAACUUCUUGAAGUAGCUGUCACGUCUUACCAGCGGAUACGUGUCCUGCUGGUGCUCGUUUCCUCGCGGUUCGAUUACAAUGCCUCUGCGGCUACGCAUAUGCCCGCCGAGGCGUGGGUAUCCGCGCAGAAGGAGAUCGACCAGCUGGUGUCAAUCGUCGCUUCCCAGCCAGAGUACGUCGUGCAGGAGACGACGGAAGAUUACGACGAGCUUGUUGAACGCUCGCCAGCCGAAUCUCCGGAUGGCGUGGUGCGCAUCCGGGGUAGCAUCAUCAGCUUUGUGGACCGCCUUGAUGAUGAGUUCACGAAGAGCCUGCAGAAUAUCGACCCCCAUGGCACGGAGUACGUUGAUCGCCUGAAGGAUGAGAAGGGGCUUUAUUCUACUAUAUGCCGCGCGCAGGCAUACUAUGAGAAGACGAAGCAAGAGGACCCUCUUGCGCGGGUGAUCAUGCGCCGAAUAGAGCACAUCUACUCCAAACCCGACCCCGUGGUUCAAGCUCUUGAAGCGGGCCUGGCAGCUUCAGAUGUUGCACCCAGCAUCUCACUGGUCAAUCAGGGUUCGACAACCGCUCUAGUCCAGACCCUAUGCGUGCAUCUGUACAAGGGCUCGAAUUCCCUUCUCCGGACCCGGGCGAUGCUCAGCCACAUAUAUCAUCAUGCCCUGCACAACGAGUUUCACACUGCGCGGGACAUGUUCCUUAUGUCACAUUUACAAGAAUCCGUCCACUCAGCUGACGUGGCCACCCAGAUUCUAUACAAUCGCACGGUGGUGCAAUUGGGCUUGUGUGCAUUCCGAUGCGGCCUCAUCCGCGAAGCACAGGCGACUCUCCAGGAUAUCUUCACUACUCAGCGGGUCAAGGAGUUGCUCGCACAGGGUGUUCAUCAGCAGAGGUACCAGGUGAUGACCCCAGAGCAAGAGAAAGCGGAACGUCAGCGACAGCUCCCCUUCCAUAUGCAUAUAAAUACGGAACUGCUGGAAGCCGCGUUCUUGGUUUCGAGCAUGCUCGUGGAGAUACCGCUGCUGGCAAGCAUUGACUCAGAAGAGCAGAAGCGGAAGGCGAUCUCGAAGCCAUUCCGAAGAUUGUUGGACUUCGCUGACAGGCAGAUCUUCACCGGUCCGCCGGAGAGCACCAGGGACCAUAUUAUGCAGGCUAGUAAGGCGCUACAGGAUGGCGAGUGGGAGAAGUGCCGCGACCUCAUCCAGAGCAUUAAGAUCUGGAGCCUGAUGCCUGAGGCUGCCUCCGUGAAGGAAAUGCUCGCCAAGCGCAUACAGGAGGAAGGUCUGCGAACGUAUCUCUUCACGUACGCGCCUCAUUACAGCACGCUCUCGUUAGUCCAUUUGGGGCGAACCUUCUCAUUGCCUGUACGCACGGUUACGUCGAUAGUUUCUAAGAUGAUCUGGUCGGAAGAACUGUCGGCUUCCUUGGACCAAUCUUCUGGUGCUAUUGUCUUCCACCGCAUCGAGCUCUCUCGUGGUCAGCAAUUAUCGCUUAGCUUGGCAGACAAGAUCAACGCCAUGGUAGAGCAGAACGAGAAGACUUUGGAUAACAGGCUCGGAGGAAGCAGUGGUUGGGGCGACAGAGGAGAUGGUACGAAGGGAGACAAACGGGGAGAGCAAGCACAAGAGCGCAGAGGACGAACAGAGCGCUCAAGAGGUGCACGUGGUAAGUCGCAAUCGUUGUAA